AUGGAGAACAAAGAUGAAACACAUGUAAAAGAAAAUAAAAAAAUUAAUAAAAAAUUAAUUCAAUUUAUAUUAAAGAAAUCUGAAGAAUUAGAAAAAGAUCAUUUGUUAAUUUCCUUUUUUUGUAUUUUGUAUAUUGUAGAACAAUUAAAAGAUUAUGUAAAAAAUAAUUAUACUGAUAUAGAAGCAAAAAACAUAUUAAUUAAUUGUUUAAAUAAGGGAGAAAAAGUUAGACCAUCUUUUGAUUCGUUAGAUUAUAAUGAACUUUCUGAAUUUUGCAAAAGAUUAUUUUUAGCAGCUGAUAAAAAUGAUAGAUAUGAUGAAAUAACAAAAAAAACACUACAGAUGUUUUAUACCUGUCAGAUAUUUUAUGAAAUAUUAAAUCAUUUUAGAAAAUUAAAUAAUGAGGAAAGAAAAAAAUAUAUUUAUGCAAAAUAUAAAACAAUAUAUAUAAAAAAGUGCUUUGAUAAUAAUAUAAAACCAGAACCUGGAACACCAAAAAAUGAAAAAGAAGAUAUAUCAGAAUUAGAGGAAGACAUUUCAAAAGAUGAAAUAACUCAUAUAGAAACAAUAAAUACUGAAAUUCCUUGUGAAUAUAUACCAUUAAAUAAGAGUGAUUAUGAUACAAACUUACAAGAAAAAAAAUUGCAUAAUUAUGAUGAAAAUAAAAAAAUAGUAGCCACAGUUGAUUUUAGUUCAAGUUUAAAACAUGCUCAAUAUGCUGUUAAUGAUUUAGAUACUGCAAAACAUCAACUAAAACUUUCUCUUUCUUAUUUAGAAAAAUGA